UGACCAAAUGAACUUACAUUGGAACUACUGUCAGUUCGCAUGAAGUGUUUAUGAUUUAAUUGAAGUGAAUUAAGAGGUUUCGAAGCGAGUAUGUCGUCGAAAAAUAAAAAUGGGAAUUUGGACGUGGUCGCUUACAGUGAAAUGGCCAUCAGGAAUAAUUUAUCUGUGGUAGAAUAUUGCCGUACAUCUAUGGCAGCCCUCUCGGGUUGCACUGCUGGGGUGUUGGGUUUGACGGGCUUAUAUGGGGCCGCUUUUUACAUUUUCGCGGUAACAAGUUUAUGGUUAAUGAUCCUCUGUAAAGCGGGACUCUCAAGUUGGAAAAAUUUCUUUAUUUCCCGCAAAUCUCUCCUCACGAAUGGUUUCUUCGGUCAGCUGUUCACCUACAUACUGUGUUGGACGUUUAUAUACGGAAUGGUGCACGUGUAUUAAAUUAUAAAUAAAGUUGUUUUUAAUGGUU